GAAAUUUGAGCUCCAACCUUUUGGGUUUGCACGACUCUACCAUUGUUUCCCCUUUCAGCCUGCGUCAGGAAACUGCACUCAUCUUAUGCUCGCAAUCAAUCACGGCUCAAGAGAGUUCCGGUACUCCCGGUAGUCGCCACGAUGAGGGAUGAGGGGCUGGCCGUCACCCCUGAAUCUAAUGGGCAGGCGUCCAGCAGUGGUAUUUAUUUCACGGCGAAGCCCCGACUUGGCGGUUAUGUUGUGACAGCCUUGGCCGUGCUCUCACCCCUUGCAGAGUUCCCCAGGCCAAGCCUCCAGAUCGAGCACACGCCGGCGACUAGGUACCCCACAGCCAACGUCUUAGCUCGAGCUGUCGACAUCAGCCACCAUGAGGAUCGCACGUGCCGCCCAGACCGUGUGCACGCUCGGCGUGUGCACCGACGUUGGCUCCGAGCUGGCCCGCCACCUCCAGGUCAACACCACCCAGCUCGACCUGUGCGCCCCCGGCAACUUCGAGACCUGGGUCUGCGACGGAUGGCGCCAAGACCACAAGCUGCGCCCCGAGCAGGGCCGCAUGAGCAACGACAACCUGCUCCAAGACCGGGCUGAUAACAUCGUCUCGACCUACCUCAACGGCACAAAUGCCCCCAUCGACACCCCCGCCGAUGCCGAGAGCUUCGCCAAGGCCAAGGCUGCCUACAGCGCCUGCAUGAACGUCGAUGCCAUCCAGAAUGUCGGCGUCGCUCCCAUCCAGGCCAUGCUGGACGAGGUCGCCGCCUUGUACCCCGCCGACGGUAAAGAGACACCUCUCCAAGACGUCUUGUUGUAUUUGCAGAAGCUCGGCAUAUUCCCCUUCAUCGGCAUCGGCCCUGGCAGGGACGACAAGUUUCCGCUCGUCCGGCUUGUGGUAGUCGCUCCCAAGAGCCAGCUCACCCUGUCGACGAACUUCUACACGGACAACAAUACCAUGGCAUCGUACCAGUCAGCCAUGUCCAAGGUCUUCGCCGCCAUACUACCCAGCGCCAACGCCAGAGCCAAGGCCGAGCAGCUCGCCAACCAGGUGGUCGACUUUGAGAAGGCUGUGUCUGCCAUCACUCCGCCGCUUAUCGACAUCUUCGAUGUGAAUAAAUACUACAACAUCAUGUCUCUGGAGGAGACCGACAAGCUCGCCCCGAGCCUCGGGAUGAAACAUGUCAUCUCCACGCUGUCGCCUACCGACUUCAAAAACGACCGCUUGUUGACUUCUUUCCCCGAGUUCAUCCCGAAAGUCGAGGCCAUCGUCAAGACCACGUCCAAGGAGGCGAUCCAGGCCUACCUCUCUUGGACCGUGGUGAACCAGUUUUACCGCUACGUGAUGGCCCCCGAGACCGAACCCCUGCGCGUCUUUAACAACGAGCUGCAGGGGAGGGACCCUACGGCAUUCCCGGCUAGGUGGCGGACUUGCCUCAACGAGGUUUCGGACAUCAACGGCCUUGGCUGGAUCCUGGGGCGUUUCUACACCAACGACCACUUCUCCGGAAACAGCCUCCAGCUGAUGCAGUCUAUUGUGGCCUAUAUGAAGACGCAAUACGCCAACAGCAUCAACUCCCUCACCUGGCUUGACGGCCCUGUUCGCGACUACGCCCUCAAGAAGCUGGACGCUGUUGGCACGCUUCUGGGCUUCCCUGAGAAGCUGCCUGUCAACGUAUCAGACGCCGAGUCCGUCAGGGCAUUCUACGCCCCGCUCAAGAUCGACGACUCCUACUUCAACAACUCGAUCGCGGCUGCGCGGUUCUCUGUUGCCCUCCCCUGGGACCAGCUGAACACACCCUACGACCGCGAAGUGUUCGAGAUGACGCCUCAGACUGUCAACGCCUACAACAACCCCAACAGCAACCUGAUCGCCUUCCCCGCCGCCAUUCUGCAGACCCCCUACUUCCACAAGGACCUGCCGGCCUACAUGAACUUUGCCGUCACGGGCUAUACCGUCGGCCACGAGAUCUCGCACAGCUUCGACAACAACGGUCGCAGCUUCGGCGCUGACGGUGCCUAUGGCGAUUCGUGGUGGACCAACCGGACCAACGCCGAGUACGCGGCGCGCUCGCAGUGCUUCAUCGACCAGUACGCCAACUUCUCGGUCCCCAACACGGACGGCACCCCCCUGCACCUCGACGGGCAGCAGACGCUGGGUGAGAACAUUGCCGACGCAGGCGGCGUCGACACGGGCUUCCUGGCCUGGAAGCAGUACGUGGCCGAGAAGGCGCCCGGCGGCGUCGACGUCACCCUGCCCGGGCUCGAGGCCUACUCGCACGAGCAGAUGUACUUUAUCGCCUACGCCAACGGCUGGUGCGGCGCCGCCCGCCCCAACGCCCUCAUCUCGCAGGUCUUCUCCGACUCGCACUCGCCCGCCCAGUUCCGCGUCACGGGCCCGCUGAUGAACUCGAGGCACUUCCGCGAGACGUUUGGCUGUGCGAGCAAGGAGCCUACGUGCAAGAUCUGGUAGACGGGCAGCAGGCAGGGCUGAGUGUAACUGCUAGAUAAUAUAAUAGUCUAAUAUGAACUCUUGUGUAC